GGCCACCGGCGACUCCCGAGGGGCGGACACCGGCCAAGAGAGAGUCAAGGAAUCUUCGCACUGAGGGGGCGUUGAGCGCUUCCGGCGUCCCCUGUCAGGUGACCCCGCGGGACUGACAGAACCUGAAGCCCAGGAAUCUUCGUUGCUCUGGUGACAGGAGCCAGCAAUGCUGCCCAAGCCGGGCGUCUAUUACUUCCCCUGGGAGGUCAGUGCCGGCCACCUCCCUGAUGGCAGCACACUGAGGACAUUCGGCAGGCUGUGCGCCUACAAGAUGUCCGAGUCCAGAGUGACGCUGACAGCUCUGCAUGAAUCCCAGCAGCAUGAGGUUCUGGUCUGUAGCAAGCUGGUGGAGCCCUUCCACGCCCAGCUGGGCUCACUCUACAUCGUCCUGGGCGAGCUGGAGCAUCAGGCAGAUGGCAGUGCCGUGGUGAAGGCCCGGGUGCUGACCUGCGUGGAGGGCCUGAAUCUGCCCCUACUGGAACAAGCCAUCCGCGAGCAGAGGGAGUACCAGCAAGAGAGACUCAGUGGCCACUAGGCUGUGGCUGUCUCC